AUGGGUGUAGGUACCGAUAACGUCCCUCCGUUCAUCGCCGCUCAACUCAGCCACCUCCUCUCUCAUUCCCGUCUCACCCUCAAGGUUGAUCAAAUGUGGUCCAGUGACAAAUACAAUUACGGAUUCAUCGAUCGCUUCACCCUCCUCAUUCCAUAUUGCUUAGACUUCAUCAAAUGGGAUGUUAUAUACGACGCUGAGUCUCCUACUACUCCACCCGAUGUCAUUUUCGGCCCUGAAGAUGAACAUUUUCAUCCCUUUCAUAUGACACCUUCUCUUGAACCUAAUGAUAAUAUCGACUCUUUGUUGUCCGAUUGGAAUUACAAAGACCCCACACGUCUCUUGGCUCUUAUUCAAUUCUUGAGGGAUCAAUAUGUGCUGUAUCAAGGGAAGCGUGUCGGAGAAGUUGAUGAUGAUAGGUUGAAAUUUGAAGUCAGUACUAUUGUUUCCAGGGAGGGACUAGAAAUGCAUAUGAGUUCUGCUGCUGACAAGUCAGAGGAGGUUAAAUUUGCGGUGCCCCUACUGGACAUGAACAUAAACAAGAUGGUGUCUGGUUGUCCCUGGAGACAAUUACAGAAGAUAUACUUGCAAGUUGUAUAUCCUGUUGGGAGAAAAUAUAUGUCUGCCUCUUCCGCUCCUCGCCUGCAGUUAGUAUCUUCUUCUGAGUUGAAAGCUCUAUAUUCCAUCGAUGAUGUCAAGCUGCCUCAUUGGGUGGAUGGGAUGUGCUUGGCAGAAUAUCUUCCAAAUCUAGAAGAAAAUAUUGGGAGACAGGUCCUUGAGGCUGUUUCAUUAAUUGAUGUUAGAAGGAACUUCAUUGAAGCGUUGGCCGGUUGGUUAGGAAGGCCAGUUGAAGCUGAUCCUAUCUUUUGCAGAAAGGCAACUUUUCUGUCUGCUUCUGGAGUUUUUACAUUUCUGGUACACUUUGUAAUUCCAACUCAGUUUCCAAAGCAACAACCAGCUAUUAUUCUUCAAAGUUCACAGCAUUUUAAUUCGCAAAUGGCACCUAUGAAGUCGCGUCCUAUAACUGAUUAUCCAUGGAGUCCAAGAUGGGAACUAUCACUGAUGGCUGAACGGACUUAUGAGUUUCUGGCAGCCGAGGCCUUGAAUUUCAAGAGGCAGUGCAGCGAGGGUCAAGUUCAACUGUAA